AUGGGACAUUCAGCAAUGCUACUGGGAUUUACCUGGUUAGUUAUGAUCAAUAGUAUUGGAUUCGCUGCGGUCUUGCCGAUGAACCACAUUAUAGAGAACUCAAUUUCAGAUGAAUCGACAUUUAGAGCAGGUAGUGAAAAAAAUACAGCAAAAUAUGAACUUAAAGAUUGGGUAAUGGUAAAAGCAACGCCUUCAGACCCUAUUCGAGUUCCUCCAGGUGGCAGGGUUGAACUUGAAUGUACGGUUUUCGGUAGCCCUGUGCCUCAAGCACAAUGGAAUCGUGGAAUACAACUCAAUCAGAUUACAUUAGGUCCAAACGAAUUUGAAGAUUCUGGUGAAUUUCAAAGUGUCGGUAAAGUUACAGUAAGACAUGUAAUUGACUGUAUCCAACCACAUCACCAAGGUGUUUAUACGUGUAGUGGUCAAGCAAGAGAUCAGACAAUGGCAAGUGAUCCAGUCGCAAUUUCAAUUGAAGGUAGGCCAGUACAGUGUGCCAGUGGUAAAACUAGAAUUGUAAAGUGGAGUCCAAUCAUAACGCAGAUGAUAGGCUCAACUGUAGUGAUACCUUGCGUGGUAACAGACACUGCACCGUACAGACAAUAUUGGAAAGACAACUUUGGUAACAUAAUAGACACUGAAAACGAUUCAAGGCGCAAAUUGGGUCCCGAAGGAGAGCUAAUUUUGAACAACUUAAGCUGGUCAGACAUGGGUGAAUAUACUUGUGUUGCGGAAAAUGCUAUUAGCCGAGAUAACACGUCUACGUUCCUGUAUCCAAUGCUACCUAAUGUUUAG